UGUGACGUUCGUAUCGUUCGUUCGUUCGUUCGUUCGUUGGUAGGUUCGUGCGUGUGUGUUUUUUUUUUGCAGAGAUAUCACUUAUCAGUUUGUUAUCAGUUUGAUUUGUGAGUUACCGUGUGGUGUUGUGUAUAUAUAAUGAAACUUUGAAUUAAUUUGAUCAAUAAUAAUUAUUAUUUUAACAUUUCCGCUAGCUGCUUAGUGAUCGACAUGAUCGUACAUUUUUUUCAACAUCGUUCUGUAAAGUGUUACGAACUGGUUGUGUAUCGAUUUCGAAUAUUACAGCUAUAGAAAGCCGGCGUGAAUUUCGCCUCGUUUACUUUUCCUAUCUGACGAUCGAUAGUAAUACAGAUGAUGGACGAUUCGCCGAUGAAAUUACUAAGUUUGGCGGCGAAAUCGGUAUGCGUUCAACUGGUAUACGAAUGGGCCGAUGGCGAAAUACCCACAAUCGAUGUAUGGGAACGAAUUACCCGCGACGAUGGCGGACUAGACGCAGACGCUUGCCCAGCUCACAGCUGGUUCCUGUGGCAGUUACGCGAAAUGCGAGUACCUCGAUUCGCUCAUAUACCGGAUAAAAUUCGAUACCAAAUCGAAGAUAACAUUCCGCCGAUUUUAGAAGAAGUUAUGACAUGGAUUUUGUAUCAUCACUUCUUGAAUUUCUUCCACGAUGAGCCAUCGUCUUCUCUCAGCGAAUACAUCGUGAAACUAGUCUGGAACCGUCGGUUUGAAAUCGAUAACUCGGCUAGUGCGAAAAAUAUCCUAACCAACGAUAAACUAACUCCGUUGGAGAGGUUUAAAUUCGCCAGUGCGUACUGCAUCGUAGACGAAAUCGAAAAGUAUCGAGAUACGAUCGAUUCGGUACCGGAAUGGGAGUCGAUUGGAGAGCCAUUCGUCGCGUACUGGUACCGGUAUUUGACCAAUAAGUUAGAUACGAUAGACGUGUCGAAGGAUUACUCGAUCGAAAUGUGGUAUCUGAAAACUUCGGAGGAGUCUAUAUUAUGGCCAUCUGUCGUGUACUUCUUCGAUGAAGUCGACUCGACGAGUAGAUCGAACGAGUUCGUACUUAUCCUGGAAACUUUCGCCGAAAGCUACCUUUCAGAUUUGUUAGCCAAAUUGACGGAUAACAAAUGGAAUCUGGCGUGUUGUUCGAUGAUUUCGAGAAUUGUCCAGAAAAUCGUCCAGUACGGUUCAUUGGACCAAGUACGGUUCGUUUGGAAGCUAUUCGAGAGUAAAAUUGACUCGAAGAAUUUCGCAGAAAUACUCGAAACGCUGGUACUUUCGUCGAUGAGAAACGCUAAAGAUUUCGAUAAAUGGACCCCGAUGCUGAUGGAAAUUUGGACCAGCGCUAGCAGUAAAUUGAAGCAAUCGGCCAUCGUCGACACGAAACUAUGGCAGAGUAUCGGUGAAAAAUGCAUGUCCAUUAUUGCUCACGAAGAAACUGCGGAUUUUCGUACACGUCGUCGUCAAAUCACCGAUCCGAUGCAAUUCAUCAAGCUGGUGUUGAACAGCAUCCCUGCCAAGCAGAGACUUACAUUCUUCGAGAAUAAUUUCUGUUGGUUGAUCGUUUGGGCACCGUUCGCUGUGGUUGAUCAAUUGAUGCGUGAUGUUUUGCAAAAUGAUUACGAUCACGAUGUCGUCGAGUUGAAAAAAAUCGUCGCCAAUUGUUCGGAAAUCGAACGGUUACGAGGUAUAUUGAUAGCAUUUGGCGAAUUCGACGAACUCGAUACCCUCGUAUCGUUUUAUUUCCCCGGUGUCGACGGUAUUAGCGCUAAAAACGAAGCCGCGAUGCAGAAAAAAUUGAAGUUCCAUAAGUUCAAGUUUAUUCUGUCCGAGAACGUUUUCGAUCCGGUUUGUUUUUGCAUAUAUCGCGGCGAUUGGAAGCCAUUAUACGAAUACGUGCAGAAAAACGUAACGUGGAUUUCCCCCGUUGGCCUCGAAGCGAUCAUGAAGAAGGUGAUCUUGCAGGGCAAAUGCUGGCCUCGGAAAAUCCAUAAAGGCGAAAUGAACGACUUGAAGGAAUUCGUCAGCACGGUCUAUUCCAAUGCGAACCCUGCGGAUCAAGACUCAGUUGAUGCGCAAUUGAAAUUUUUGAAAAUACGUUACGAAAGCUACUUGUUGAUUGCUUUAUUCGAUCACAAUCUUCGCAAAAAAAUAGUUUUCGAUCGAGCUAAUUUGAAGGAUUUCUUGUUAUGGAUUUACAAAGGCGACGAGAAUUUAAUCGAUGAAAACUUCAAGCAGCCGAGCCUGUUUCCUAGAGGAUUUUUGGUUCAGUUGAAAGGAUGCGUUACCGAAGGUUCGUUUCGAGUUACCGAGUCGAUGGAUGAGUUUUUGAAAUGGUGUUUCGAGACCGAAGCAGAAAGGCAGCAGUUUAAACGUAGAAUGAUAUACGAUUACCGACAGUAUCCGUUGAUCGAGGGUUUGUUGAUGCGCAGGCAGUAUCGUCAAAAGAUGUUGUUCUGGGUUUUUGACGAUGACGUUAGUUUGAUUGAGAAAUUCACUGUUGAUUGCGUUGGUCAUCCGAUGUGCCCGUAUUUUGUUUCUGGUUACGGUGAUAGUGAUGAUAGUGAGAGUGACGAUAGCGAGGAUGAAGAUGAUUGAAGUAGUGUGGGAUUAGAUAUUAGCAUUUGUGAUUUACUAAAAAUGAGCGAUGUAUAAAGAAUUUCAGAUUUUUGAAUGAUAAUUUUUGUGUGAACGUAGAACGUUUUUUUCAAGUAUUUUUUUCUAUGUUUAUUAUCGUGUAAUAUUUAUUAUUAUUUUUCGAAAUGAAUUAUUGAAAAUUGUUCUCAAAUGAGUGAUAAGUUAUUUGUCUGUUCAUUUUUAAUUUUAAUUUUUUUUUAGAAUUGUACCUAAGUGUUAGUAUGUACUUUGAGUAGGUACGUGUAGAAUGUUUUUUAUCGAGUAUUUUUUUCUUGGUCUAUUAUUAUUUAUUGAAUCGAGUUAUUGAAAAUUCAUCUUGAAUAAGUCUGAUUGUCUUUUUAUUUUUAAUUUUAAUUUUUUUUAAAUUGAAAGUUCAAUAUUACAAGUUUAAUAAUGCUUCAUAGUUUUGUAAUGUAUUAUAUGUAGUUUGCAUUUACGUGUUUCGUUUUAAAUACUUAUGUGAUAUUUUUUUCAUUUGAAAAUAUACUUAAGUACAAUUUUUUUUACUUGAA